AUGAAUGUUGGCUCGAUUCUCAAUGGCGACUCGCCUUCCGAAGACACCAAAUUUGAAAACCAGGGGGACUCAAUCAGACCCGUUCCCCCACCCAUGGUACAAAAGCAUUCAAUCACCAACUUACUAAACGACUCCCCCGCAACUGCUGAAGGUCUGGGAAAACAAGAAUCGGACGAAGACAAAUCUUUCCAGGAUGAUGACGAAGAUGUCGACAGUGCAGCUGAGAUGAUUGACCGGGAAUUGGAAAUUCAGUCACAGAUGGAAAAGGAACAACAAGAUAAGAAGAUAGCGACGGCAGAGUCCAAGGCAUCAGAAACAAAGCAACCAGUUGCUGGUGAGAAUCUGCUUCCGAAAAGUAGAAAGAGUCUUCUGCCCAAGUCUCAAAAACCACCGCUGCCUAAGAAUGGUAGCUCCAAAUCGAACAAUGUCAAACGAGAGAAACCACACUCGCCUCGAAACAAGUCUCACUCUCAGAAUGAGUCUAAAGCAAGCUUGGUUCUGAGCGAAAUCAAUCGCUUGAAUGAGCUCAAGAAGACAAAAUGGAAACCCAAGAGAUACUCUGAACCUCCCAUUUGGGCCCAGCAGUACAUGUCUCCGUCGCAACAGGAAAAGCUACCCUUCAGCAGUCAGAGACCAGUAAGCUCACUGGGAAAUGUCAAGCCUGUAUUUGAUCGUGGAUCUAUGCAAUCUGGUGAUCUCGAGUGUCUGAUAACGGGGGUGAUUCCGCCACAAUCCACGGUGAGAACAAUAGCAGAGUGGAUCUACGCCAACUUUGUAGAAAUCUCGGUGGAAAACCGCCAGUAUGUUGAGCUCGAAUUGAAAUUCGGAACAUUGAUGGAUAAAACUUCUGGGCGCCGUCUUGCGAUAGGUGUGUCCUCGGAGUGCAUUUUUACCGAUACAUCUGCCAUUAACUUUGAACUGAGCGUUCACGAGGCUGGAUGGAAAGAAAUAAAGACGUUCAUGGAUGAACUAGAAAAACAGUACCAGGAAGAGAAUCGUCGUGACCCAACGAAGCCCCGGAAAAAGUUCGCAGUAACGGAAACAGACAAUAUCGACUACUUCUACAGUUGUGGAGAGCGUAAUGAAAAACCUCAGAAAAUCCGUAUUACGAAAGAUCAACUUCUUACUCCACCACGCUAUACUGGAAUUGAGAAGAAGCGUCUCUCUGACAUCCACAUAUUCAAUCCCUCCAGUAUGUUUGACUUCCGUCUUUCGCUCAACCUAGAAAUGCCAAUUCCAGAGGGAAGUGUUGAACCCACCAUGAAAAACAACAAAAUAGCUCUCCAAAGAGGUAAAAAGCGUACCUCCUUCACUCAUUCAUCGACGGUGACCAGAUUUGAUUUCACAGAGGUAUUUGUCCCAAAGCCUUCAAGGAACAAGGCAGGCAAAGCGGUAGCAUCAAACGAGACGUCAUAUGAGCUUGAAUUAGAACUCGAUACUUUUCUGAUUUUCCGUGGCUUUGACAAGGUCAGGGAUGGGCUGGACUCCAUCCGCUUUGAAGAGCUUGUGGAGGUGUUCUUGAAUAAUGCCCGUUGUUGCAAUAAUCGGGUAACGAAAUUUGCAUCAAAAUAG